AUGAGAGUUCACACUGGAGACAAGCCUCACACCUGCCCUCAAUGUGGAAAGAGUUUCGAUCAACAUGGAAACCUUAAAGUGCACAUGAGAGUUCACACUGGAGAGAAGCCUUACACCUGUCUUCAGUGUGGAAAGAGUUUUACUCAAAAAGUAAACCUUAAAGUCCACAUGAGAAUUCACCCAGGAGAGAGUUGUUUUAUCUGCCAAAAGUGUGGAAUAAGCUUCAUUAAUAAAGGAUUUCUUAAUAGACACAUGAGAAUUCACACUGAAGAAAAGUGUUACGUGUGCCAUCAGUGUGGAAAAGGUUUCAACCAAAAAGGAGACCUUAACUGGCACAUGAGAGUUCACACUGGAGACAAGCCUUACACCUGCCCUGAGUGUGGAAAGAGUUUCGCUCAAUAUGGAUACCUUAAAGUGCACAUGAGAAUUCACACUGGAGAGAAGCCUUACACCUGCAAACAGUGUGGAGUCAGUUUCACUCAUGAAGGAAGCCUUUACAGGCACAUGAAAAUUCACACUGGAAGGAAGUCUUUCACCUGCCAACAAUGUGGAAAAAUAUUUAAUAGAAAAGCAAACCUUAAUUACCACAUGAGAAUUCACACUGGAGAGAAACCAUACUCCUGUCUUCAGUGUGGAAAGAGUUUUACUCAAAAAGUAACCCUUAAAGUCCACAUGAGAAUUCACACUAGAGAGAGUCCUUUUAUCUGCCAGCAGUGUGGAAGAAGCUUCAUUCAUAAAGGAUUCCUUAACAGGCACAUGAGAAUUCACACUGGAGAAAAGUGUUACGUGUGCCAUCAGUGUGGAAAAAGUUUCAACCGAAAAGAAAAUCUUAACAGGCACAUGAGAAUUCACACAAGAGAAAAACUUUAUACAUGCCCUCAGUGUGGAAAGAGUUUCGAUCUACAUGGAAGGUUUGAAGCCCACAUGAGAGUUCACACUGGAGAGAAGCCUUACACCUGCCAACAGUGUGGAAAAAGUUUUACUCAAAAAUCACACCGUAACUGUCACAUGAGAAAGUUACACGGCAUAUUUUCAACACAAUCUUGAUCAACACUUGAGGAUUCUUUUGAGAGAACUGUUGUCAUCAGUGUGGAAGGAGUUUCUCAGACAGUAAUCAUGUAAUAACGUUAUGAUGUGUAGGAAGCUCAGAAGUGAAGACCAGGAGACUCUGGUGUAUAUUCAGCAGGAUUCUAUAUUGAGAAGGUGCUGUGUGGCACAGUUGGGGUACUCAAUCUUGGACUCAAUUAUUAACAACGGAUUAAACAUGGACUCAGACAUUUUGGACUCAGGAAUUUUACAUGUAUGGUCGAGUCCACAUCAUGUGUAACAUUAAAGGGAUAUUUGACCCAAAAAUUACUCACCCUCAUGUUAUUCCA